AUGGGCAGCGACGGUGAUGAAGACCUCGAGUUCCCGGCUGAGGCCAGGACACGCAUUACUCGGAAGAAUACGCCCUUAAUCCAUCACGUGACCUUCUCUAACUUCAAUGAGUUCAUGAGAGCCUGCGUCAAAGGGGAGGCACGGCUUCAGCAUCUGAUUCCCAUGAACAUAAAUUUCUCCGCUAAAGUUUGCUACGAAAGAUUCUUGUACUGCUCCAAAGAAGAUGACAAUCGAGAUACAGAGUCGUCUAGUUCCGAGCCGGCCCAGAAAAAGAAAGCUUUGUGGAAGAAACUUCUCUACUCCUUCCAUCACUUCCUUCUAUGCAUCCUGUGUGUGCAAGUCGGGCUCUGUGUCACCUUUGCGGCCCCAGCCUACGUCGUGAAACAGAUCAUACGGAGCUCCGAAACCGCGACUUCGUCGACGUAUUUGUGGGCUGUGAUCUUGUGCAUAUUGACAGCAGGGUACUCGAUUUUCACAAACCACAAUCACUAUCGGAUGUAUUAUGGAGCACUCCAGCAAAGAGCAGCUCUGCUGACAGCUUUGUAUGACAAGGUCACAUGUAUGUUUCAGUGCCUACGAAUCCAUCCCGACGCAAGGCAUCGUUACGGCGCAGGCGACAUACUCAAUCUGGCCUCGAUCGAUGUCGCCCAGGUGUUCUUGUUCACGCAGUAUUGCGGCAUGGCGAUCGGAAUUCCGAUAAGAACGUGCAUCUCAUGUCUCAUGGUAUACUAUUUGUUGGGUCCAGGGGCCUAUGGUGCCGCUGGGAGUAUUCUGCUGAUGAUGCCUUUGUCGUUCUACGUGGCGUACAGACUACAAAUUAUCAACCGAGAGAUUCUGAUUGAGAAGGAUAAGAGAAUGAGCACGACGAGCGAACUCUUCAGCAGUAUGAAAAUCAUCAAGUUAUUCGCUUGGGAGGAAGCGUUCAUGGAGAAAAUCAUGAAAGUUCGAGAAAUCGAGGGCAAGGUACUCGAGAAGUUUCUCUACGGGGAAUCAAUUGCCAUUCUCAUCUGGAACAGCAGUCCAUUCGUCGUGGCUUUGGCAACGUACACCUGCUUCCUACUAUUCGACGGUAACGCCGUCCUACGGGCCGAUGCGGCCUUCACUGCGAUGCUGAUUUUCGGUAUACUCCGCUUCUACUUCAUAUACCUGCCUGCUGUGCUGUCCAAACUCGUACAGGCAAGGGUUGCUCUCCAACGGAUCGAACAAUUCCUCAACUGUGAAGAUCUCGUCGAAGGACCCGACCGCGUUGUGGAAGAUGAUGAUGUCGUGAUAGACAUCCGAGAAGCUACCUUCGCUUGGGGCCAGGAAGUCAGUCUGAAAGACAUAGAUCUCAGGGUCAAGCGAGGCGAGCUGAUCGCGGUGUUGGGUCAGAUUGGAACUGGGAAAUCCUCGCUGCUCUCCGCCAUGCUGGGAGAGAUGAAUCAAGUCGGUGGGUCGAUAGCCAUCAGAGACGUGAAGAUCGCUUACGUGCCCCAGCAAGCUUGGAUCCAGAGUGGAACGGUUCGGCAGAACAUACUCUUCAGGAAUCAGUUAGACAAGCACUACUACUCGAAGGUUAUCAAGAACUGCGCCCUUCGGCCCGACAUCAGACUUCUCAUUGACGGCGAUCAAACCGAAGUUGGAGAUCGAGGAAUGAAUCUGUCAGGGGGUCAGAAGCAGAGGAUCAGCAUCGCUCGAGCGGUCUAUCAUCAGGCCGAAUUGUAUUUAUUCGAUGAUCCUCUGAGCGCUUUGGAUGCCCAUGUGGCCGACGUGAUAUUCCGCGACGUUAUCAGCAACAGGGGAAUGUUGCGCCACACGACCCGGAUAAUAGCGACCCACAACGAGUCGAUACUGCCAAUGUGUGACCGUGUUCUGGUCUUGGACCAUGGCAAAAUAAUAGCUUCAGGAACAUUCAACGAACUCGCCAGUGUAUUGAAUAUGAGGAGAAGGUCAAGUGUGAUACCGCGAGACUCCGAAGACGUGCCGAAGUCCACGUUGAUGCUCACUUUCUUGAAGACACCGGCGACCACGUCACCUGCCGAUGAAGACCAGGAUUUCAAAUUCCAUAUCGAGGACGAAGUCAAACGAGGCGGUGACAUCAACUGGGGCGUCUACCAGACCAUGGCGCAACAUUUUGGCAUGAAACCUCUGAUCGCGGUCGCUACUCUUUACGUACUUUUCCGAGUUCUAGAUAUCGGAGGCAUUGUCUGGAUCAGGCAUUGGACGGGCGGCAUCGAGGAUCUGGUUCGAUACAACCAGAGCAGCGAGAAUUUCAAUUUCCACGAAAGCUACAAGGCGCAAACCUCUCAUGGCCUUACGAUCUUCGCCUUCAUAGGAUUAGGGGCGGGUGCAUCCACAUUGAUCGGCUUCCUGGUUCUAGCAAACUCAUGUCACCGAGUUUCUAUGAACCUGCACCAAACCAUGUUGAAGUCUAUGCUGCACGCGCCAUUGUCGUUCUUCGAUUUGACACCCGUCGGACGAAUCAUCAACCGCUUCAGCAAAGAUGUCACCGUCAUGGAUAUGGAGCUGUAUCAGAUUUUCGAUGACUACCUCGGAUUCUUGCUCUCCAUCUUGGGCUGCGUCGUUCUGGUCUUCGUCGAGUUGCAUAUCAUGAUAUUGGCCCUGGUUCCCGCGGUCCUGAUAUUCAUUUACAUAAGGUCAAUUUAUCUGCAAGCAGCUCGCCAGUCGAAACGUCUGAUGCUCAUGUGCAGAUCUCCGGUUUUGAAUGACUUCUCGGAAGUUCUGAGUGGCGUCUCGGUCAUCAGAGCGUACAAAGCCGAGAACAUGCUGCUGAUCCGCAAUCAUCUUCGAGUGGAUGUCAGUCAGAACACUAUGCUGCACAACUUGAUAACAGUGAGAUGGGCAGCGGUUAGAGUCGACGCCCUGAAUGCCUUGUUCAUGUUUUUCAUGAUCUCGAUCAUACUCCUCAACGGGAGGGAACUCGGCAUGGGAACAGCUGGUCUGCUGAUAUCCUACACUAUGACGGUCACGCGCUUCAUGGCUCGUUUCAUCGAAUCCUCGACCCUGCUAGAAAGCGCCGUUGUCUCAGCGGAGCGUUUGUUCGAAUACGGCGAGAUACCCUCCGAAGCGCCCUGGGAGAUAGAAUCCGCAACGCCUCCCACCGACUGGCCGCAUGCCGGCGUGGUCGACUUCGAGAACUACUCGUGUCGCUACAGAGAAGGGACUCCACUCGUGCUCAACAACCUCAAUCUCCAUAUCGAUGCUGGCAAGAAAGUCGGCGUCGUUGGACGCACCGGGGCCGGCAAGAGCUCCCUCACUCUAGCUUUGUUUCGAAUACUUGAAGCGUCCGAGGGUCGCAUACGGAUCGAUGGCAUCGAUACCUCGACGUUGGGCUUGCACACUCUCAGGAAGCGGCUCACGAUGAUUCCUCAGGAUCCGAUUCUUUUCCGCGGAACCCUGAGGAGCAAUCUCGAUCCCGACCAUGAAUUCUCUGAUGAACUGGUGGAGGAGGCGGCUCGAGCAGCUCAUCUGAGAAAGGAUCUGAAACUGACAUCGGAAAUCAGCGAAGAGGGCUCGAACAUUUCACUCGGUGAGCGUCAAUUGGUCUGUCUGGGCAGAGCUCUGCUGCGGAAAUCGAAGAUACUCGUUUUGGAUGAAGCCACGGCGGCUGUCGAUGCGGCGACCGAUGCUCUCAUUCAGAGGACCAUCCGGAAUGUAUUCGAAUCUUCGACGGUGAUCACGAUCGCUCAUCGGCUUCAGACGAUCCUCGACUACGAUACAGUCAUCGUGAUGAGUGCCGGGGAAAUAAUAGAGAAAGGAUGUCCAAGGGACCUAAUAGAGGAUAGGAACUCGACCUUCCACGGCAUGGCUAAAGAUGCCGGUUUGGUGACAAGAGGAUCCAUUCCCACCAGCUGA